CUACUUGAGCCUUGAGACAUCCUAUUUGAAGAAAAAUCAUUAUUUGAUGGUGUAGAUACGUUUGCAUUUUGUGCAAUUAUCAAUGACUGUCCAUGUAAUUCAUAGAAAUUUUUAUCCUCACGUAAAUCCGAAAUUUGUUUUUUUGGUUGCCUUAAUUAACAUAGUGCACUGUCCUAUAUUUAAAUGUACACUGUAACGACAACGACCAUUCGGGAUUGCGAAUCGCACAAUACUAAUAAUUAUAGGUAGCAAUUACUUGAUAACCUCAGUUACGUCAGUGAUCAGGAUUGUCUAUUAAUAAGAGAAAAUAGUACAAGUCCAAGAGUGAUUGAGAAUAUAGAUAAAACGGUUGUUAAUGCUUCACCUGUGGCUUCGACUACCCAAAUUCUAUCAGUUGUAUGGGAAUCGUCCACUGAUAAGUCUCCAACAGCAAAUUAUAACUUAUACCGAACGAACAAAUUGGUGAAAGAUCCAAUGUAUUACAUGAAGUCUUAUCGUGGAGUUGACAAAUAUGUGGUAUCGCAAAUUUCUUUUGAAAACGAAGAGAUAGAAAUAUCUUCUUUAGAUUUUUCGACUUUAAACACUAAAGGUGAUACUAGUAUGCUUUGGUUACAUGAUAAAGAAAUAUGGUGUUUAUUACAGAUAUUUUUAGAGAGAAAUUCAAGGUCUUGGAUCACUAAGAAGAAACAGCAAUUAGGCUGUGUGUGCCCAGAGCAAUCUUACUAUAUGUUCAAUCUUGGUAGAAGUGUUAAAGAUUCUACAGCUAGCAGACCUGAAUGGAUUGAUUCAUCAAGAUUAUUAAUACCUUUGCUGGAAAAAGACCAUUGGACUUUGAUCUAUGUAGAUUUUAUAAAAAAAACAAGUUCUGAAUGUUUUAUGUGGUGUGCCUAAAAUAUGGAAACCAAAGCAAAAUGUAGGUGAUAUCAACAAAUGGAAAGAUAUGUUUGUCCAAAUACCAUAUCAAGAUGAUGGGUUUAACUGUGGUGUAUUUAUGUUGUACUUUGCAAAUCAAUUAAUGAGUAAUAAAAGAAUAAUAAAUGUUUUAAAUCCAAACAGUUAUCGCUCAAACUUACAGGACUUGAUACUAUCAAGUUCAAAGUGUGUGAAGAACAUUUGCUUAAUUUUUGGGACAGACGAAGGAAGUUUUAAACAAAAUUAUAAU